UCCAUUUCUCUUCGUCCAAACCAUACACACACACCUACAAAACGACGACGACUCAAGAUACCUUUACAAUGGCUUCUGAUCCAUCAAAUCCCACACCAAAGCCUACAGAUACCUGGGCAGCCCAUGCCAAAAAAGCCCUAGAGACCUCUCCUGAUGCCAAACACGCAGGAACAGAAACCGCCGCACAUUACGCAAACGAAGGAAAAGAAGAGUCCAUCGAAGCCAUGAACGCAGCCCGGGAGACUUCUGACCGAAUCAGACGUGAAACUCGCGAACUCUAUCAAUCCGCAACCGAAACAAUCUCCAAGGCUGCUUCCUACAUUAUUCAAGCAGCAGAUGCAGCUGCCCGAGAAUCAGGCGAACAUCCUUCACACGAGGCAUUGGAAAAGCGUGAUGAACUUGCUGCCGAGUUACGGAGAGAACAGCAGAGACAGCUCGCUGAUGAGACAAUGGCGAGACAAGAGGCCAUGAAACCCGUUGUAGAAUUCUUCAAUCAAGGAAAGGAUCCUGAGAUUGAAAGGGCAGAGGAGGAAAAGGCACUGCUAGAGGGGAAAUCAGCAGAUGAUGUGAUUUAGUUCGAAAGCAAACUUUUUUGGGGGGGACUGUAUAGUGGUAGUUUUGCUUUUUGGAUUGUACAUUCCGGUCUAUUGAAAUGUCUACCACGCUUUUGCUGUAUCUGUAUCUUUUUGAACAAAAAACACAGUAUAACCGAUA